CUCUCUGACACUGAGACCUACGGGGCUCUCUCAAAUUUAAUAACAUUUUUUAGUCAAGCGAAGCUCAGUAGUUUUUGAUUCUUCGGUUUGUGAGAAGUAGCUGAACACCGUGCGUUCUUUCCCCCACCAGCAGUGUGGUUUUGAGACGGCCCCUAACUCGUUGUGGCACAGCCCCCUCUUGUCCAGAUAGAGCCAAUUUCUGAUGUUACGUUCAGGUGAACGUGAGCCCGUAGUUUCAUCUCUUACACUCCCGGGUUCGUAGACUUUUACCUGCUUCGAUACGGUUAUGUGUGGCCUGUGAUUACACCUGCUGGAACCGGCGGUGAAGCACACGGACGUUAUUCUCGCGGGAGCCUCUCAUCUUUGCGUGCAUCCGUAAUUACUCCCGACAUGAAAAGAAACGGCGCGUACAGGUUUCUGUCGGUUUUCUCGUGCUUUAUCGUUUGCGUGUUCUUGUUUUUAUUUUGGUUCUUCAUUUUUUACUCGAUGAUGCUCGCGCCAUAGAGACACAUUUCUGCGGCGGCUAGCCGAGGCUAACCGGUCGGGCUGCCUACCCACACUGCCCCGCUUUAUUGGAAAAAAAAAAAAAAAAAAAAAAAUCCCCGCUUAUCACAUGAUCAACUUCACCAGGAAGUAAGGGUUUCUGUGAGUGAAGCUGCGAUGGCAUCUGACACCAGUGGAGCAGCGACCUCCGCUGCAGACCUCAAGCUGCAGUUUGCCCCCUUCAGCAGUGCUCUGGAGGCAGGUUUCUGGCACCAGCUCACUCAGAAGAAGCUCAAUGACUAUAGGCUGGACGAGAGCCCCAAGUGUAUCAAAGGAUACUACUACAAUGGUGACCCAGUUGGUUUGCCCACUCGCCUGACUUUGGAGUUCAGUGCAUUUGAUGUGGAUGGUCCCACCCCAGCCCAUUGCUGUCCAGCUAUCGGAACGCUGUAUAACACCAACACACUUGAUGCCUUUAAGAGCACUGAUAAAAAAGCUCUGCUGGAGAAAGAGGCUAAGGAGAUAUGGGAUGCCAUACAGUCUGGGGCUGCAUUGAAAGACCCAUCCAUCCUCUGUAGAUUCAUUCUGCUGACCUUUGCAGAUCUGAAGAAGUACCAUUUCUAUUACUGGUUCUGCUUCCCUGCACUCUGCUUCCCAGAGGGGAUAAAGAUUGUCCAGCAGCCUUCUGUCCUAGAGCAAGUUUUCUCAGCAAAACAGAUCGCAGCCUUGCAGGAGGCCUAUGAUGGUCUGUGGAUCAAAAGAGGGACCGGUGCAGUUCCUUACUUCCUAAUGAAGUACACGGCUGACACCGUUCAGAUGGCCCCGCUCGGGGACUGCGAUACAUUCUUCUCUGAUGCUGAGAAGGUUACUGUGGGGGUCUAUGAUCCAUGUACUCUGUCUCAACAUCCGGGUUGGCCUCUGAGAAAUCUACUGGUCCUCUUAGCUAACCGAUGGGGCUCUAAACUGGACACAGUGGAGGUGCUGUGUUUUAGGGACAGAACUCUGCAGGGAAGCCGCUCCAUUCAGCACAGUGUCAUCUUCCAGGUCAGACUACCUGAACUUUCCAACAACUCAGCGUGUCCAAAGAGUGUAGGUUGGGAGAAGAACCCCAAGGGGGCCAUGGGACCCAGGAUGGUCAACCUCAGUGAAUGCAUGGACCCUAAAAGGCUUGCAGAGUCGUCUGUGGAUCUGAACCUGAAGCUAAUGAGAUGGAGGCUGGUUCCUUCCCUGGACCUGGACAAGGUGGUCAGCACAAAGUGUCUUCUACUGGGAGCUGGGACUCUCGGCUGCAAUGUAGCCAGGACUCUAAUGGGAUGGGGAGUGAGACACAUCACAUUUGUAGACAAUGCCAAGAUCUCAUACUCCAAUCCAGUUCGGCAGCCGCUCUAUGAGUUUGAGGACUGUCUCGGAGGAGGGAAGUCCAAAGCCAUGGCAGCUGUUGACCGACUCUCCAAAAUCUUUCCUGGCGUGAAUUCACAGGGUUACAAUAUGAGCAUCCCCAUGCCUGGCCACCCAGUGAAUUUUUCUCAGGCCACUGUUUCCCAGGCCCAGAGGGACGUUGAGCAGCUGGAGAAACUGAUUUCAGAACAUGAUGUGGUUUUCUUACUAAUGGAUACGAGGGAGAGCCGCUGGCUGCCUACAGUGAUAGCUGCCAGCAAAAGGAAGCUAGUGGUGAAUGCUGCUCUGGGCUUUGACACAUUUGUCGUGAUGCGCCACGGCCUGAAGAAACCCCCCGUCAGUCAGAAUGUUUCCACAGGAGCAGACUCUUCCCCUUCCUGCUCUUCUGCCUCUUCUUCAUCCUCCACACCAGCCGGCUCUGCGCCCUCCAUCCCAGGAUCCUCUCUGUUCUCCAACAUCCCAGGGCACAAGUUGGGCUGCUACUUUUGCAACGAUGUUGUGGCACCAGGAGAUUCUACCAGGGAUCGGACUCUGGAUCAGCAGUGCACAGUCAGCAGACCAGGCCUCGCCAUGAUUGCUGGAGCCCUGGCUGUUGAGAUGAUGGUGUCCAUUUUGCAGCACAGUGAAGGGGGCUAUGCAGUGGCCAGCAGCAGUGACGACCGAAUGAAUGAACCUCCCACUUCUCUGGGUCUAGUGCCACAUCAGAUCCGAGGUUUUCUUUCAAGGUUCGACAAUGUCCUGCCUGCCAGCCUGGCCUUUGACAAAUGCACUGCCUGCUCACCCAUUGUCCUGGACCACUAUGAGAGGGAAGGUUUCAACUUCCUGUCCAAGGUUUUUAAUUCUUCCCACUCUUUCCUGGAAGACCUGACGGGGCUGACAUUGUUGCACCAGGAGACACAGGCAGCAGAGAUUUGGGACAUGAGCGAUGACGAGAGCAUCUGAAGGACUGGAUGAACAAACCCUGAGCCACCAAAGGACUGGACACUCCAAUCCAUGUUUCCGUCUAUUUCUUUUUAAUGGACCAUAUAUUUUCAAAUGACAAGGGGAGCGAGUGGCUGACCGAGGGCUUUGUGGACAACACUGGACGCAGUCAUAAAAUUCAACUCAUCAAAACCAAAAACUGCUUCAGAAAAGUUGCUUUAAAAUUCCUAUUAGUCCUUAUUUGGAUUCAAAAUCGUUGGACCUUCAGAGGUGAGUAAUAAUUUGGCUAAAAAAGAUAAACCGCAACAGAAUCCGAUUCGGUGAGCGUCUUUUUCUUCAGCGUGACAUUAGAAACAGGAUCAAGUCGGGAUUCCACAUUGUGUACAUGGAGCUGUUGUAUUUAAGGGAGAAUGUUCCUGCUUCUGUUACUUAAUGAUGUUAUCAGUCACUGUUACUCACGGAUUGGAGUCGGCUCAACACGCCACAUUUGCAUUGAAAAAGCUUCACUGAAUGGUGACAGGCCUUUUGGCAAGACUUUGACAUACUGCAUCUGCUCGCUCAUUCAGUUUGAAAAAGAGCUUUGGGUGAAUUAUGAAAAUACAGAAACACGGAGGACAACUCAGCAAAUCCAUCCAUCUCCCCGUCUGUUUACUAGCGACUGUGAUUCAUACAGUACAGUUAAUAGUAAAACCAGCUUUGUAACUUUCAAAGUGUUACUCUGAGAAAACACCUGCACAGAUGUUACUGUACAGCAACUGAACUGUGGCUUCUGAUAGAGAAACAAUUUAGUUACUGUAGAAACCCUGGAGCACACAGCUGCAGUUUAAUCUAAAAGAGCCAGUGGACAAACCAAAGGUCUUUUUGGUUCGUUUGUGUUGAGGCGUGCAUGUGCUUGUCUGUGCAAUUUUUGUUUUCUUUUUUUACUCUGUGCCCUGUGUCUGAUCUGCUAACAUGUACAAUGAUUUCAGUGUAGUGAAAUGUAAAUUUCAAUAGCAGCUUAGGUACUUAUGGAAGAGGAUUAGUGCAAUGUGAAAUAGAGAUUGAAGUCAGAAUUGUGAGGAAAACACAGAAUUCUAAAAUAAAAAACCCAGAAGUUAGACGUUUGUCUUCAGUUAGAUUAAACUCAGGAUUCACUUUGUUUUCAUAAUUCUGUCUUUCCUCCGAGCUGUUUUGUUGCCCUAAUUCUGUACUUUAAGUAUUUAACCAAAAACUGGAAUAAAUUAUAUUGCUGCAUUCA